AUGUGGAAACAACAAAGCACCCGCCCCCCCCCACCCGCGCCGUCUUCGCACCCGCCCCCCCCCACCCGCGCCGUCUUCACACCCGCCCCCCCCCCGACCCGCGCCGUCUUCGCCCCCGACCCGCGCCGUCUUCGCCCCCGACCCGCGCCGUCUUCGCCCCCGACCCGCGCCGUCUUCGCCCCCGACCCGCGCCGUCUUCGCCCCCGACCCGCGCCGUCUUCGCCCCCGACCCGCGCCGUCUUCGCCCCCGACCCGCGCCGUCUUCGCCCCCGACCCGCGCCGUCUUCGCCCCCGACCCGCGCCGUCUUCGCCCCCGACCCGCGCCGUCUUCGCCCCCGACCCGCGCCGUCUUCGCCCCCGACCCGCGCCGUCUUCGCCCCCGACCCGCGCCGUCUUCGCCCCCGACCCGCGCCGUCUUCGCCCCCGACCCGCGCCGUCUUCGCCCCCGACCCGCGCCGUCUUCGCCCCCGACCCGCGCCGUCUUCGCCCCCGACCCGCGCCGUCUUCGCCCCCGACCCGCGCCGUCUUCGCCCCCGACCCGCGCCGUCUUCGCCCCCGACCCGCGCCGUCUUCGCCCCCGACCCGCGCCGUCUUCGCCCCCGACCCGCGCCGUCUUCGCCCCCGACCCGCGCCGUCUUCGCCCCCGACCCGCGCCGUCUUCGCCCCCGACCCGCGCCGUCUUCGCCCCCGACCCGCGCCGUCUUCGCCCCCGACCCGCGCCGUCUUCGCCCCCGACACCACGACCCGCGCCGUCUUCGCCCCCGACCCGCGCCGUCUUCGCCCCCGACCCGCGCCGUCUUCGCCCCCGCCACCACGACCCGCGCCGUCUUCGCCCCCGCCACCACGACCCGCGCCGUCUUCGCCCCCGCCACCACGACCCGCGCCGUCUUCGCCCCCGCCACCACGACCCGCGCCGUCUUCGCCCCCGACCCGCGCCGUCUUCGCCCCCGACCCGCGCCGUCUUCGCCCCCGACCCGCGCCGUCUUCGCCCCCGACCCGCGCCGUCUUCGCCCCCGACCCGCGCCGUCUUCGCCCCCGACCCGCGCCGUCUUCGCCCCCCAUCAACGUGCUUUACGAGCCAAAACGACGAGUGUUUCGGCAGCAUUUGUUGAGCGCUGGGGUUUGGGCUGCCAUUUGGGUGAGCCCUGGCCUGACACCCAAGGUGUGCAGGGAGUCAUUGGCUUCAUACGCAAGGCACAGAUGGCAAUGGCUGGUAACAACAUUGUUGGCCCUGUGGACGUUAUCACAGGGCAGAAGGCCGAUGUUGUACUGGGCGUGGACAUGUUUCAGGGGUGUCACAACUGCAAUGUAUGUGCUCAUUGUGGAUGCAAAGCAUUUGGUAAUGCACCAGAUGUUGAAUUCAACAUGGGAGAAGAUGAGUUCACUAAUUCACUUUGUACUGGUUGA